UUUUUUUUUGAAAAGUAUGUUAAAUAGAUUAACUUCUAUAAAGUAGUGAAAAGUAAAAAAAAUUGGUCUAAUAAGUUGGAUUGUGAAAGUAUAUUAAAAUAUUGAUAAAAAUUGCUUUAUAAUUAGACUAAUGAGUUGAAUAUGACAUAAGGAUUUCCAACUUUCUUGCUUUAAUUUGCACUAUGUUAUUCUCUUAUUUGUCACAUUAAUUUUAUAAACUAUUUAUAAUAAUUUUAAGAAAUUAUUUUCAAAACAAAAAAUAUAUGUGUCAAUGUGUGUAUAUAAGAUAGACAAUAUGGUUAUUUCUUAACUUAUUAGUACUCCACAUAAGUAAAACUGGGGUAGAAUAUUAUUCAAAUACUAAAUUAGUUUGGAAUUGGGUGGCUACAAAUUUCUUACUCUAAUUUUUUCCCAUUAGCAUGGCCGAGAGCCAAUCCCUCAUAAGGACCAGCAGCUUACGUCUACGGUCCCAAUCCCAAACCCAACCAAAGCAACACCCUGGCCCUCUAUUUUUCUUUUUUUAACUCAAAACCCUUUUAAUUUAUUUUCUCUCCUUAUUUUCCACUCACUUAUUACUUAUUUACUCUACUCUAUCAAAUAGCCUCUCGACACUAGGCAAACCCAUCAAAUUUGGGAACAAACAUCAAAACCAAUAUCAAUUAUCAUACUCUUUUUUCAAAUCUUAUAGUCAGAACCUAAAUUAUAACAUUCUCAUCUCAAAACCAAGAAACACCUUCUUCUCACACUACUCUCUCAACUCAUGGGGCCGUACGACUCUGCCAACUCGGCCGGCAGCAGCAGCAGCAGCGGAAGCUCUUCCUCUUCUUCCACUUCCUUUAAAAAACCCAACGACAUAGAUGGCCUCCUCGCCGGUGCCGGCUACAAGGUCCGAUCCUCCGACCUACAGCACGUCGCUCAGCGGCUUGAGCAGCUUGAAACCGUUAUGGUCAACUCGCCUGCUUCACAAAUUAACCACAUCGCCUCCGACACCGUACACUAUAACCCUUCGGAUAUUUCCUCCUGGGUCGACUCGCUUCUCUCUGAGUUGAACCACCCAUUCCCUCUCUCCGCCGAUCUACCAGAUUUCCCCGAUCUCGUGAUCAAUAAUCCGACGGAGAGGAACGAUGUAUGGGCGGCCGAACACGGUGUGCCUCAGCCGCAGCAGAACAUUCCUCCUACCCCUCAGUUGAAUCAGCAACCACUCACGGUCGUUACGGCGAUGGAGGAGGACUCCGGGAUAAGACUAGUCCAUAUGCUUCUCACGUGCGCCGAAUCCGUCCAACGGGGCGACCUCCCAUUUGCUCGUUCCUUAAUCGAGACUAUGCAACCGUUGCUGAAACGCGUCAACAUCAACUGCGGAAUCGGAAAAGUGGCCGGGUACUUCAUCGACGCGCUUAGUCGCCGUAUUUUCUCGCCUAGGGGAAGCAUUGGCGCCGGACCGUUUGAGGACGAGGUUCUGUACUAUCAUUACUACGAGGCUUGUCCUUAUUUAAAAUUUGCGCAUUUCACUGCUAAUCAAGCCAUACUAGAGGCCUUCAACGGUCACGAUUGCGUCCACGUCAUCGAUUUCAACCUAAUGCACGGUUUACAAUGGCCUGCGUUGAUACAAGCACUAGCUCUCCGUCCCGGAGGACCGCCUUUGCUCCGAUUAACGGGCAUUGGCCCUCCUUCACCUGACGGCCGCGACUCGCUUCGAGAAAUUGGGUUGAGGCUGGCUGAUCUGGCCAAGUCCGUCAACGUUCGAUUUGCCUUUCGCGGCGUGGCGGCUGAGCGUCUAGAGGACGUGAAGCCGUGGAUGCUUCAGGUCAGCUCAAAGGAAGCCGUGGCUGUGAAUUCAAUCAUGCAACUCCAUCGGCUACUCGGGUCGGAUCAUAGCUGGAAUUCUGGUAUCGAUAUGGUCCUCGAAUGGAUCCGAAACCUGAACCCGAAAAUCAUGACGGUGGUUGAGCAAGAGGCUGAUCACAACCAAGUAGGGUUUUUGGAUCGUUUCACGGAGGCUCUGUACUAUUACUCCACCAUGUUCGACUCGCUCGAGGCUUGCUCUCUCCAGCCGGAUAAAGCUUUAGCCGAGAUGUACUUACAGAGAGAGAUUUGUAACGUGGUAUGCUGCGAAGGCUCGGCUCGAGUUGAACGCCACGAGCCUCUUGCUAAGUGGACGAAUCGACUUGUUCAAGCUGGAUUCCAGCCUCUUCAUCUCGGCUCCAAUGCGUUCAAGCAAGCCAGCAUGCUUCUCACGCUUUUCUCUGCUGAAGGUUACUGUGUGGAGGAGAAGGAAGGUUGCUUGACUCUCGGCUGGCAUAGCCGACCUCUAAUCGCGGCUUCGGCUUGGCGAGCCGUGCCCAAUCCAAACAACCCACUUGGGAUUAUUAAACCAUAAUAGUGAAAACAAUAGCUCAGCGUUGUAAAUUUUUUUCCCCUUCCCUCCUUUUUUUUCACAAUUAUAUAUUGUUUUUUUACAAGUCUAUAAUUAUAUUGUCGUUUGAAA